UAAACCUGGUGGGUAUAAAAACCGAAAGCACUGCCAGGUUUGACAUCACACGGUGACUGAACUUGGAACAACGGGAACCGAGAGAGAAAAUCAUCGAAAUGAAAUUCAUCAUGUUCCGAUUCGUUCUCCUGUUAGUGUUCCUUGCUGCCGCAUACGCUGCUGAUGAAGAUCAGCACAAUUGCGGAAAAAACGCAAAAUGGGACCUUUGCGGAAACAUGUGCGAACCGACUUGCGACGAUCCAGAACCAAAUCCCCUAUUAUGCCCAAAGAUCCAAUGCACCAAAUUGACGUCUAAGUGCAGAUGUGAAGAAGGCUAUGUCAAAUCCGAGUCUAAAGGAUGUGUUUUACUUAAAGAUUGUUAGAUAUUUGAAAGUUAUUAAAAAUUUCUUAGAUCCUAUACACCA